CAACCACACAAUAUUUCGCUCCUUGCUUCAUUGAGCUGUGUGCCUGGCUGCCUGGCUGCCUGGCUACGUGAAUCGAGCCACAACAAAUCUCAAUUAGAACAGGAAGCACAACUUCUAUAGCCCCUGAGAAAUCCAAAUAUCCGAGGGGCUAAAGGAUUUGAGUCAUAUCAUCAAAAUUCUCAGCAGCAAAUACUUCGAAAAUGGCCACCAAUGCCGACACCAAAGCAACCUGGUCUCCAGCUGGCUGGAGAGACAUGCCAAUCGUCCAAUCAGUUGAAUAUGAAGACCAAGAAUCCUUCCAAAAGGCCAUUACCAAACUCAACUCACUACCCCCUUUGGUCACGCCACUAGAAAUCGUCAAGUUGAAGAAUGAACUGAGGGAAGUUGCCCUGGGAAAUGCCUUUCUUCUACAAGGUGGAGAUUGUGCCGAGUUGUUCGACUACUGCAACCAAGAUAUGAUUGAGGCCAAGGUCAAGCUAUUGCUGCAGAUGUCAUUAGUUUUGAUUUACGGUGCCAAAAAGAAGGUCGUGCGCGUGGCUCGUAUGGCCGGCCAGUAUGCCAAACCCCGAUCUUCACCAACAGAGACAAUCAACGGUGUCAAGAUGGCCAGCUUCAGAGGUGAUAUCUUGAACAGCUACGAGGCCGAUCCCAAGGCUCGAGUCCCUGACCCGACCCGCUUGGUGGAUGCGUACUUCCAUUCUGCUGCGACACAAAACUACCUCAGAGCGGCUUUGGCUUCAGGAAUAGCCGAUUUACACGCACCAUUGGAUUGGAGUCUGGGCCAUGUUCGUGACCCACAAGUGCGAGACAGCUACCAACAGAUUGUACAGCGCAUCACAGAUACUCUGGACAUGAUGCGUACUAUUGGACUGGACACAGGCGGUGGUUUGGAGACCGUUGAUCUUUUCACCUCUCAUGAAGGACUUUUGCUCGAAUAUGAGCAGUCUUUGACCCGGAGCUUCAAGCAUCCGCCCAACGCCAAAGUGCAACAACACACACUCCCUCAGCGACCGAAUCAAGCCCGGUCGCGAAACACAUCCCUCCCGGCUCACCUUCCUCGUCCAGCAGCUCCCAACCAAGGAUUCUACGACACUUCAGCACAUUUCAUCUGGAUCGGCGACCGGACGAGGCAAUUGACCCAUGGCCACGUCGAAUUCUUCCGUGGCAUUUCCAAUCCCAUUGGAGUCAAAGUUGGACCAAGCAUGCCGGCAUCUGAUCUGGUACCUCUUCUUGAUAUCCUCAAUCCAAGCCACGAGAUCGGCAAGAUCGUUCUGAUCACGCGAUAUGGCCAUGACAAGAUCUCAACGCAUCUGCCAGGCCACAUCCGGGCGGUCCAACAAUCCCCUCACCGCGGCACGGUGGUUUGGCAAUGUGACCCCAUGCACGGAAAUGGUCGCAACGCCACCGUAUCAGUGCCGGAAGCAUCUGGCACCUCGACCUCGACUAGCACGAUCAAGACUCGUCGCUUCUCCGAUAUUCUGUCCGAAUUACGCCAGGCUCUGCAGAUUCACCGGUCUUUGGGCAGUUAUCUUGGCGGCGUGCAUCUGGAAUUGACGGGCGAAGCCGUCACCGAGUGCGUGGGUGGUGCGGAGGAGUUGACUGAGCAAGAUCUGAGUUUGAACUAUACUACUUUCUGCGACCCUCGCUUGAAUGAAAAACAGGCUCUAGAGCUGGCUUUCUUGGUUGCCGGCUUCUACAGGGAAGAUGCUGUGCCCGGGAAUUCGUCGACCUGACCUGGGCUCUCUUGACUUCCUGUCUCCUGCAAGCGCCUUCUCCUCACGAAGAUACCAAAAUUCGGAAAAAGUAUUGUCUUAUUGACUAUCGAAAUGGUGUCAACGGCAACGAGCCCGCUAUGGACUGGAUGAACUCCAUAGCCUCAAACACCUUCUCAUCCUCGUACCUCCGCCCCACCAGCUGUAGCGACACCGGAGCAUCCGCAUACUUGUCAGGGGAAUAAAGUUUAUAGUUCCAAUCAUCCUGGUCGUUCAAAGGCUGAUAGCCAACCUCGGCCUUGUCGAGCUCCUGGUCUACCUGUGAAACGGGGAAGAUCAUGGCCGGAUAAUCCAGUAGAUUCCACUGUGAUGUGUAGCCCCAAUAACGAGCGUGGCCUAGUGGAGGGGCAGCUCCGGGGCCGACAGGACACAAGAUCACAUCCACUGGAUAUCCGUCCUUGCCAGUGUCAUUCCACAACUUGGCGUAUUCGGCACGAUACUUUUCCCGCUGCAUGGUUAACUCCCAGACCUCGGUAAUGGUAUUCUCCUUAACGUUGGGCUGUUCCUUAAUGAUGAAAUUGGUCAAUGGUAGCCAUGGCUCGCCACUCAGAGCAAGAGCUUCGGUGUCCUGCUUGGCCCCGUCGCCAAAAUACAUGGAAGAGAUGAUGUCCCAUGCCACAUCGUGCUUGUAUGGCACCCAAUCAACCAGCUCGAUCUCGGAGCUGGAUUUGAGCUUAUCCGUCAACUCUUUCAGGGCACGAAUGACGGGAGGAUGUGGUUUGACAAUAUUGUCGCUCCAAAGGACAGCUACUUUGAGCUUUCUGGUUCCAUCAGGCUUGGUGAGAUAGCUCUCCUUGGGGGGAUAAGACCAGGGAAAUGGCAGCAAGGAAGGUUCCACAAGCCAGGGCUUCUGGUCAAUCAGGGCUUUCAUGAAGACAUGGCAACCCUCGAGCGACAAGCUCAAAGGACCAAUGACCGGGACGAUUUGUUCCUGGCCACCCAUUGGGGCUGUACAUCCGCCCAUGGGUAGUCUAUAAGACGUUGGCCUGAAGCCCCAGACACCACAAUUGGCUGCUGGUGAGCGAAUGCUUCCACCAAUAUCAGUACCGAUUCCCAUGGGACUUCCCUUCAGGCCGAUCAAGGCACCUUCGCCGCCAGAACUCCCGCCACAGGUCAAAGUCCUGUUGUAUGGGUUGACAGUCUCGCCGUAAAGGUUGUUGCAGGUUUCAAGAUGCAUCAAACAUUGUGGUUGAGUCGUUCGGACGUACAACACACAGCCGGCCUUUUGCAACAAUUCGACAAUGUAUGCGUCCUCCUCGGCACGCCGGUCAAACCAACCAACAAACCCGCCGUUGAGACCGAGACCUUUGAUGCCGAUAUGCUCCUUGACGCUGAUUGGCAAGCCAUGAAGAGGACCUAUGGGUUUCUUGUUGGUGGCAAGAUACUCAUCUAGGUAUUUUGCCCUUGCAAUGGCAGCUUCUGGAAGAACUUCGGUCACACAGUUGGUCUGGCAGGCACAAGUCAAUCGAACGCCCUCAUAUGCCACUGAGCGUGGUUGUGAAGAAUGUUAAACAGUGGGACAACGUACAAGCUUCUGUGCAAUUCCUGCUCGUCUUAGAAACGCAGUGACGACUUGGACACUACUGAGCUCGCCGGAAGCCAAAGACUUGAGCAGUUGCUCUGGACAAGUCUCGGUGAUUUUGGAUUCUUCUGGGCUCAGUAAUUGUGACGGUAGCUUGGAUGUGUUCAAAGGGAGCUCUGAUGAGCUGGGGACUUUGGGGACCGCGGGUUCAAUGCGGUCUAUUGACUUGUCUCGCAGAGAUUGUGCGAGGGCAGCAACAUCCUGCCAAGGUACUUUGACCAUUUUCGCAGACGUCGAGGAGCUGAGUGAAUGUGAAUGAGAGGAGGGGGUUUCAAAGGACUGAAAGGGACUCGAGGUGGCAGGGUGUACCUAUGUAUUUAUCAGCAAUCACCCGAGGAUUUCACCUACAAACGCCUAGUCUCAAAACAAACAUGGCAGAUGGCCAGUAUAUACAAGAAAUGCCCAAGACUGAGCGAUAACAGUGUUUGGGCGGCGACUUUGAUGUCUGGAUGUGUGGACAGCGAAUAGGAGAUAAUUGC